GUCUGCAGAAACUGAUGCCGCCAGAGCCGAAACCCUAAACCCUCGAAGCAUCCACCUCCAACUCGAGCUGCGGCCAUGGACGCGCUCGUCUCGGCGGCGCUCGAGGAGGUGUGCGCCCGCCUCGCGCACGGGCUCCCCGUCCCGGAGCUCUGGCCGGCGCUACGCGGAGCGCUCGGGGCGGCGGGCCUCCCGCUCGACCCUGCCGUCAAGCGCGUCCUGUGGGCCCGCCUUCUCGCGCUCCCCGUCAUCAGCCUCGUGGCGGGCGACGGGGACGGGUCCGCUCUCGCGCCUGGAGACCCAGCGGAGAAGGACCUGGAGGUGGCCGAGCGGCGGGGCGUGCGGCUGGUGGCGAGCGAGGCGCUCAGGGGCAAUUUCCUUGGGAUGUACGACCAGAGGUUCGGCAAGACCAAACUCAGCCCCGUCCAGAAGGGAACGCUGGAGCUUGUCGGGGCAAGCAGGACUUCUGGUGUAACACAGAAUGAGCUAUGCGAAACAUUUUCCAUGAAAGGAAACAACUUCCAUUUUAUUGUAAAGAGCCUUGCAUCACAACGGCUGAUAGUUAGACAAUCGACCAUCAUCAAGGUAAAAGACAAUGGUGCAGAUGGGGAAGAGGCUUCACGGAAUAAGCAUGUUAUCAACACCAAUUCGAUAUAUCUGUCCCGAUACGCCAAAGACAUGAAUAUGAAUUCACACCAAAGAAUUGAGAUUACAAAGCCAGAAUUGCUGGGGACCAAUGAAGAGACCAAUAUAGAUGCUUUGCAAGAAGAUGGAGCUUCUGGUGUAAAUUUCAAGAAUGACAAAUCUGUUCAUGAUUAUCUUCCAGCAAUGGAAGCCAUAUGUGCCAAACUUGACAAUGCCACUGGAAAGGCUCUUGUUGUGUCAGACAUAAAAGUUGAUCUAGAUUACAGGAUGGCAUAUGGACAUAGAGCAUGGAGAAAUGUGUUGCAUAGGCUAAGAGAUGCACAGCUUGUCGAAGAAUUCGAUGCCAAAGUUGAUGAUAAGGUCGUUCGCUGUUUACGCCUGUUGAAGAAAUUUGAUCCAGUAGAGUUUCGACCAAAAAGUACAAUCCCCGACUACAAAAUUGGCCAGAAACGCCAGGCAACUGAUCAAGUUAUGGAGCUUCCGUUAGAUUACUGUAUAUACGAUAUGAUCAAAGCUCAAGGGUCAAAAGGUAUAACUCUUGUUGAGCUUGGCAAGCGUCUUGGGCACAAGAAUUCAGGAAAGCUGCAUAAACGAGUGUCAUCCAUGCGCCAAAGAUUCAACUUGACUUGGGAUGCUGAAGUUUUAGAUAAGACAUCCCAGUACCGAGUUUGGACUAAAAAAGACUUCUUGCUCUACAAAUCUGGUAGUGCUCUGCAAAGUCUCGAGGGGCUCCCAGAUGACCAUGCCAAUCGUUCCGAUUUGUGGUCGCUAGUUCCAUCUAGAGGAUUGGAUUCUGAUAGCCCGCACAAUGAUCUUGUUGUUAAUAACAAUCUCUUGUUUGAAGAGGAAUGCCAUGAUGAACCAGUUGGACAUUACCUCCAAAGCAACGAUGAAGCUUGUGUUGGAGUCUCCCAACUAGUUAAACAAGAUAAACUUGCUUUGGGUCGGAAGAAGAGGCAGAGGUGCCCCCCUUCAACUUCUGAUGAUCGGCGGCAAAGAAGGAUUCUACAUAUGUUGAAGAAAAAGAAAUUUGUACUAAAGGUGGAGUUACAUAAAUGGUUAGAGGGACUUGAAAAGGAAAAUGGAAAAAUGAUGGAUAGGAAGACGUUGGCUCGCACUUUGAAUAAGCUUCAGCAAGAGGGCAGCUGUAAAUGUAUCAAAGUUAGUGUCCCGUUGGUUACAAACUAUACGCGCAGUCGUCUCAUUGAUGUAAUUCUGCAUUCUUCUGUUGGGGAAUUGUCACCGGUACUUGUGGAUCAAAUUAGGACCAGACAACGGAACUUCGAUACUGAAAUUCGUUCUGGUGCAGCAGCUAAACUGAAGCAAAAUCAACAUAAGACAGCCAUACCUGGUCUCAGGAUUUCACGCAGGGUUAAAGAUAACAAACCAUUAAUAUUAGAAGCUAUGCAUGCCAAUGGAUUUAUUGGUGCGAAAAUGAUUCGGGCAAAGCUGUUCCAUAAAUUUCUAUGGGUAUAUGUCAGUGGUUUGCCAAGUUGCUGCAUGCCAUUUGAUUAUUCCAAAGAAGGGCAUCAUGACAAGGACCUUAAUCAAUCAUGUCUGUUAUUUUCGAUGGCAGCAGCUAUAAAUGAAAUGCCUGUUGAACUAUUUCUACAAGUUGUGGGAUCAGCGAAGAAGAUCGAUAACAUGAUAAGUAAAGUGCUUUCAGAAAUUCCAACCAAGGAAUACAAUCAGCUCAUGGAUACUCAUGCGAAGGGUCGACUUUCACGUUUAAUAAAUAUAUUAGAUAAGCUCAAGUUGCUCCAACUUGCAAAAGAACCUGUAGAUGAGUGGGGUGUACCAUCAGAUGCUGUGCCUACACAUGCAAUGGAGCUCAGGCCUUACAUUGAAGAACCUAUACGAAGAAUUCUUCCAUCAUCCCAUGUUAAUUUGAAUCAUCGACCGAAAAUUCGGCAUGAUUUUGUGCUUUCAAAGCAGGAGUUUGUUGAUGCUUACUGGGAAACACUAGAGUAUUGCUAUUUAACAGCUGGCUUGGCUGAACCAUUAAGUGCCUUCCCUGGCUGUUCUGUACCUGAGGUUUCUCAUCCUCGUUCAUGGAGUUCUCGUAGAUUGAUGACUACCGAACAACGGCUGGAGUUACAAAAGCGUAUUAUGAGUAUCAGUGAGGAAGGGAGAAUUCCUUUCAAAGAUUGUCUUGGAAUUGCAAGAGAGCUGAAUCUCUCUGUAGAACAGGUGCUCUGUGUUUCGUCCUCUCAGAAUAGACAGCCCACACAAAAGCAGCAGGGAGCUAGUUCUGGAUCGAUCAGUCAGAAAAGGAAAAGAUCCUCUGAUAAGGUUACCCUAAGGUUUAUUAAACAAAAAGUUCAAGCUAGUGGAUCCACUGGAAAGAUAUCAGCCCAAUCUACCCAGGAUGACGAAGUACCACGGAGCACUUCUGCAUCAUCCACUGGUAGACAAUUCCAGUGGACAUAUGAGUCUAACAGAAAACUGCUGAUGAUAUACACUAGAUUUUGUGCGGCACGUGGACCCAAAUGUUAUUGGAACUCUGUCUCUGGUCUUCCAGCUGCACCACAUACAUGUCGUAAAAGGAUGGCAUACUUAAAUAAAAACAUAAAUGUAAGAAAAGCUGUAGUUAGAAUCUGUAGCCUUCUAAGAGAGGAAAGGAGGUCAAAAGUGAGCGAAGGCCAUUCACAUAUUUCAAAUUCUAGCCAUGGGAACUGUGAAGAUUCAGAUUCUGAGAUAGUCAAUUGGGAUUAUUUCGAAGAUCCAGAAAUAAAAAAUGCACUUGAUGAAGUCCUUGAAUUCAUUCGAGUAGAAAAAUUGAACCAGACAGGGGAAGUUGGGCCUAAUAAUGCAAAGAGUAAUAGUGAUAAUAAUGUCAAUGAGGAAAUUCCAAGUGGGCAGGAAGAGCUGGUUGUGCAAGGUGCAACAAGUACAAGCGCUGCAGUUCCAGAAGCUGGAUCACAUGAACAUGCUAUGUUGUCUAGACAUUCAAAUGCAACCCAUCCAAGUAAAAGCGUCGACGUACCAUGCAUAUCUCAUGAAAAGGUCAUUAAGGUCAACAGAGAUGGAUGCAAAUCAUUAGCAGUUGCAAAUGCGAUAGAGCUUCUGAAGUUGGUUUUUCUCAGCACAUCAUCAGGAUCAGAAGUACAAGCUUCAUUAACUGCAACCCUCCAGCUUUAUUCAGAGAGUGAAAUAGUCACUGCCUUUUCCUUUCUCAAUGAGAAGAAGUUCACGGUUAGUGGAAAUGGAACAAAGCCAUACACCCUUUCACGAAAAUUCUUCUUGAAGGCUUCUCAUUCACCCUUUCCAUUUGGUUCAGGAAAAAAGGCUUCUGAAUUUUCUAAAUGGCUUAUAAGGCAGCAAAAGAACAUUAUGGAUGGUAGAUUUUAUUUAUAUCCAGAUGUAGAAUGUGGGGAAAUUGUUUCUCUCUUUUCUCUGGUUUUGUCAGGAGAGUUAUCCGUUUCACCUUCCUUGCCAAGCGAAGGAGUUGGUGACGCUGAUGGGCCUAAUAUCUCUAGUUAUUUGGUUGAAGAUACCAGUGGACUGAAUGAUGGCACUCACAAACGAAAGGCUGAUAUGGUGGAACAGGAAAGCGGUACGGCUAAGAAACACAAGCCUUCUUAUCGUCGCGAGAAAGGUUUCCCUGGUAUCCAAGUUGCUCUGAAUCAAGAGAGAAUUCAAACAAGCGAUCUCACACAAGUGUUACAUGAUAAGGGGUGCCUUAUUUUUAGUUCAGCCAGGGAAAUGAGUAGAAAUGAUGGUCAUUCCCAGGUCGAAAGCCACAAUAUGUUACUGCAUUUGAAUAACUCCAGUUCAUGUCGGCGUAUGUUGUCUGAAUCUCAGUUGGAAAACUCUUAUAAUGGAUGGCCUUGGGAUGCUAUGAAAACAUAUGCUGACCAGUUACAACCAUCAUCUUGUAAUCAAAAUGAAUCAUGCAUAUUGUCUUCUGAUCUGUUCAGAAAUGCAUUUUGUAUUAUUCAUCGAGGUGGAGAAGGAGGAGUUAAUUUGACUGAAUUGUCACAGGAACUGCAUCCAUUAGGCACACGGUUAAUCGAUGUGAUUGUUCAUACCCUCAAGAGAUUUCAUCUGGCUAUGGAGGUCAAUGCGUAUGAUGGUUUCCGGAUCGUUGACUCAUUACAUAAGUCAAAGUAUUAUAUAAGCACACUUGCAGAAUACAGCCAUUGCAGCUGUCCAGGAGCUCCAGCUUCUCAAGUAGCGGAGACUGGCGGCACCGAAAAUGUACUGAAAGGGAACCAUUCCAUGUCUAGCAAGCAGGGGACUGUCAAAAUGCUUGGUGAUGGGCACACUGUCACAGUUCUUAGUGUUCAAAGCGAGCCAAACUCAUCUCGUAUGUGUAGCCAAAAUCUGGGAGAUAAGGAAACAAUGUCUACUCCAGAAGAUAUCAGGGAGAGUGAUUGCUGCCAUGCUUGUGAAAGGCAUAUUUAUCACCCUAUAUUACCAUGGAUAAAUGGCGAUGGCAGCAUGAAUAGCACUGUGUAUGAAGGUUUAACUCGUCGAAUUAUUGGCUAUGUGAUGCAGUUCCCAGGAAUAGUAGAGGAGGAUGUUAUCCAUCAGAUGGAAGUAUUGAAUCCUCAGACAUGCAGGACCUUGUUGGAAAAGCUGACACUCGAUAGACACCUCUAUGUUCAGGUGUGCGAAACACCUGUGCCUACGGGUCCCACCAUAUUGCAGAGUCUUUUCAGUCAGGGCACCCGUACAGAACCAACCAAGCGUAGAAGGCGUUACUUCGCUAACCCAUCAAGUACAUUCAUGUUGUAAGAGUAACUCAGUUUGGGCUCAAAGUUGUGUUAAACGUUCCUUGGCCGUUUGUGUGAAAUGUACUGCCAACGUGUUGUUCCCCAUCUGUGGGCUGCACCGUGCAUUUUCCAUACGGUGUAAUGCUGGGCAGUUGCUCCGCUAUUGGUCAAUAUAUGAUUCUUUUUCUUA